AGCUAAUCUAUUAUACUACAUCAAAAAAAAAAAAUUAAUAAAUAAUUUAUACAUAUUAUAUAUUUUUUUUCUAUAAUUUUCGUGAGUGAAAAUUAACUUAAUAAAUUUAAAAUAUGGAGAAAAAAAUAGUUUCAAGCUGGUUUAAUGGAAAAUGUUUGCCAGAAAAUUAUAUUAUUCCCCCAGAAAAAAGACCUGGAGAAUUAUGUGUUCCUACAUGUGAAAUUCCAAUUAUUGAUCUUUCUAAAGCGAAAGGCAAUGAACGAGAAAUUAUUAUUGAUCAAAUAAUGGAGGCUUGCAAGAAAUUUGGUUUCUUUCAGGUGAUAAAUCAUGGAGUUGAAAAAGAUAUAAUGGAUGAAGCAAUGAAGGUAUUUAUGGAGUUCUUUGAGUUACCGUAUGAAGAGAAAUCACACUUGUAUAGUGAAGAAAGUAAUGUAAAGUGUAGGCUAUAUACAAGUAGUUAUAAUUAUGCAAAUGAAGAUAUUCACUAUUGGAGGGAUUGCUUGAAGCAUACUUGUACACCUUUGAAGGAUUGCAUUCAUUAUUGGCCACAAAAACCUUCUAGAUACUGGAAGGUUGUAGGGGAAUAUUCAACACGAGUUAGAGAAUUAGGGUUAAGGAUAUUGGAGCUAAUAAAUGAAGGAUUAAAACUAGAAGAAGGAUAUUUAAGAAAAGGUUACAGUGAAGAAUCAUUUAUGUCAGUAAAUCAUUAUCCACCAUGCCCAGAUCCAAGAUUAACAUUAGGAUUACCAAAACAUUGUGAUCCUAACUUAAUUACUCUCCUUCUUCAAGGCAAUAUUCCUGGCCUUCAAGUUUGUGUUGAUAACCAAUGGCUCCUUAUUCAACCUUCUCCUCAUGCUUUUGUUGUUAACAUGGGUUUCCAAAUGCAGGUUAUUAGCAAUGGAAAGCUGAAAAGUGCAGAACACAGAGUGGUGACAAAUGCACAUAAAGCAAGAACAACAGCAGCAUUUUUCAUUUUACCAUCAAAAGAUAAAAUAAUUCAACCAGCAAAAUCCCUAAUUAAAAAUGGUGAUUCACCACUUUUUAAACAAUUUCAAUAUGCAGAUUUUGUUGAGACUUUCAAAGCUUGUAGUGUCAAGGGACCUGAAUCAACUACUGUUUUAGACCAUUUUAAGAUUAAAAUAUAGUUAUUCACUAUUUAUUAAGCUCAAUGAUUUAUUAAUUAAUAUA